AAUCUGCCAUUAUUGCAGCCGAUAAGGUUCAACUUGCCGUCUCUGCUGUGAAGUAUUGAAGAUUUGUUGAAGAUGACUCCAUGGUGGAAUCACAGGAACAUGUUGACUUGAAGUAUCAUGUUAGCAUCAAGAACUCACUGCGAUAUGUCAUUCAAGAGAUGAUGAGGCAAUCUUCACUUUUACAAAACAUGAAUAGGUUGUGUUGUAGCAUCCCAGAAGUUGAAGGGGGUAAGGUUGGAAAGCUUGUUGGCCAUUUGAAGGAAGUGUGCAAGAGUCUCAAGAAGACUUCAAUUGUGUGUGAAGAAGAUCUAGAGAACAAAUGUCCUGGUUGGGACCUUGAUCAUCCCCCUUUAGAUGUUGAAGACCACUCUAACCCUUCUGAUUUUGAGGACCAAGUGGAUGGAUAUGUGUCAGAAGAUCCGGAGCUGUGGGAAAUGGUUUCUGAAGACAUGAAGUGGGAGGAGAACAAAGUGGUUGUCUCUUUGUUCGAACAUUGUCGUAUUAUGGGCUACGACUACGACCAGAUGUUUGAUCGUACUAUUUAAGUGGCCAAGACCACUAGUAUGUAUCUUAUGUGGUUCUAUCUUUUGUGGUCAUGAGAUGAACUUGUAACCAGUUUGUGUCAUGAGAUGAACUUGUAACCAGUUAUGUAGACUUUUGUGAUGUCAAGACUAUGUACUUGAAACAUCUCUAUGUGAUGUGGUUGUGUUUAUGUAAGACUAUCUAUGUAUUCAAGACUAUCUAUGCAG